AUGGCUUCCGAAAACAACUACGAUUGGCAGUCAAGUAAAAACACAGUGUUAGAAAGAAAUACACAUAUGUUUGACAACAUAUUUAUGAGCGAUAUCACGUUGACAUGUGCAGAUUCAAGCCGUGUAUUUCACGCUCAUAAAUACGUACUUGGUACAAGCAGUGCCGUAUUUUAUGCAAUGUUUUAUGGUGAUAUGGCAGAGAAGGGCUCAGACAUACAUCUACCUGAUACAGAUGAAGAAAGUUUGCAAGAAUUUCUCCGAUUCUUGUACACAGACGAUAGUACAAUGACAUGGUCAGUUGCAUUAAAGGUAGGAAGUUUAUAUAUAUUGGCCACUUCAACCACUUCAAAUUGAGGCGUGGUUGGAGGGGUGCAAAUACAGGCUACUGCCAUGACGCAGCUAUGUUAUGGGCAGUGGCGAAUUACCAGGUACGGGGCCUGUAGGCUAAGUAAAGUCUCCUCUGCAGAGGUUAUUAAUUGUUGUUUGGACAGUUCUCGGGAAGGCCAUUACAUUUAAUGUCCACACAACCCCCCCCCCCCCAUGUGGACAAAUUUUUCUGAAGGGUGACCCCAAAGUAGUUUCUGAGGGGUUAAGCCUGUAAAUGGAAUGGCCCGGACUAGAUAAUCAGGAUGGGAUGAUAAUUGUUGACGUUUACACUCCUCUUGUUCCUUUAUUAAUGUUUUACAUUAUUUGCCUGACUUGUGUUCAUGGGCGUACCGGGCGGGGGGGAGGGGGGGGCAGGGGGGCCGGCAGCCCCCCCAGUUUGUUAGGCAGUCGGGCAAUAUUCGCUCAACAGUCGGGCAAUUUUUGGUUUAUUAUAAAAAUAAAUGGGACAAAUUCUGUCAAUUUUAUGGUCAUUUUGUGAUGUUUCGAAAAUUUGUGUGAUGUUCGAAAAAUUUUGGUGUGUCCGAAAAAUUUUUUGACCCCUAAAAAGGUACACUGACCGAAAUUUUUUUGACGACGGGGUGGGGGGGUUCGGUUUUUCGGUAGUGGUCGGGCACAAUCCGGAAAAGUCGGGCAAAUUUAUUUCUGCCCCCCAAAUUUUUUCCUUCCGGUACGCCCAUGCUUGUGUUUAUACUUAAACUCCAUAGCCUAACAACUAAUUGCAAUUACUGACAACAUUUUGAAAUUUAUUGAGAAGUUCAGUGGAAAUAUCCAGUAAUUAUGGAGACUGUCCGAGUACAUAAUGAGUGUUGAACAUUGCACAGUUAAAUUUAUAUAUUUAUUAAGCUUUGCCAAAUAUUAUUUAUGUAAUUACUGUACACCAUAUAUUACUUAAUAUUUAGUAUAUAUAAUUAUUUAUACAUAAACAAUAUGCACACAUAGCAAGGUAUAUGCUACAGCUUUCUCCAAUUACAGCAACCCUUUACAACACAAACAAACAUUAUUUGACUUAAUAGUUAAAAACAACACAAAUUUGAACAGGACAAGCUACAGGAUUUAUUACAAGUCACACAUACUGAUUUCCAUAUUUGUGAGUCCAUCGCAUUGUAAAUGUUUGCUAGAGCUGAUUGCUAAAUAAUACAAGUAAAUUUAGUCCGAAGGUGGUAUUUUUCCCGUCAAGUUUCUUGGUAAUAUAUUCCACACCCUUGUGGACCUUGUUAGUUGGGACUGCUGGAAUGUUGCAGUCUUGCAUUUAGAUGUUUGAAAUAGCAAACAGUCGGGAUCACCCGAUCUUGUUAUUCUCUCAGGCGGUUCUGAGUGGUUGGCAUCAUAGGCGGUACAGUGAAAUUCAUGAAAACCCAGGAACUUACAGUAUAUUAAUAUUAUCUCAUCCUUAAGGAAAGUAGAAAGUGAAAAUCAUGGGCCUCUUGAAAGCUUGGGCCCAUACAGGCAGCUUCAGCACUGGAUAUUCUGUACACCACAGCUGUGGGGGGACCAUAUAGGUAGGGAUUAGACUUUGAAAAAAAUAAAAGCUAAUAUAUAGUCCAACUAUAGGGCACCAGCAUUAUAGGCAAGUAAGGUGCCAUCAACAAAUAGAUUUAUUUAUUUAUUUAUUAUAAGCUUUGCCAUCCAACAAUACUUAAACAGUUACAAGAACUGGUUGCUGGUGGGGCAUUUUCUCAACCAGAAAGAUGCUGUAGCAAACACACAGUGAGUGUAACUUUUAAUAGUUGAUCGAAGUACUUUAAUUAACGAUUAUUGGGUUGUUGGGUAAUUUAUAAUAUAGAUAAAUUUGUGAAUAGAAUCAAGUAAAGCAACCAAGCAAGGAUUUUGUGUUCUAACUGGCUUCAUACAAGUGUAUGUACCACAGAAUACCGCAAAAAUGUACAUGACUGUUCCAUAUCUUUUGUCUAAUGUAUUAUAAUAUGGUUUGUUAAUAUUUUUUAGCAUAAUCUAUCGAUAUAUUUUUUGGGGCAAGAUUUCAUAGACUUAAAUAUUUUUUUUAAAUGGAUAUUCUGUGGAAAAAAAUUUAAUGUACCACAGAAUAUCAGUGCAGAGGUAAGUAAGGAAUGGUUUAUCAAAUUGUACCAGGAUUUGUUGUGCCAUAUUGUGUGAUAAUACUGCAGGAUAUUGCUAACUUAAUUUAGUGAAAAGUUAAAUGCUAAAAUCAGUACAGAAUACCAGUGAUAUAACCAAAGAAUACCAGGUUCAUCAAUAAUUUUGAAAAAUUUAGUUUUUCUAUUCAGUUUACUUUAUGAUAAUUGUUAUUUUUGUAAAGUUAUUUUUGUAAAGGGAUUUAUUUGUAGAUGAAAAUUUCCAAGUAACACAAAUUUUGCUUGUCUUUGACAAAUGUGCGCUCAAGUGUGUAGUUGCUCAGACAUAUUGAUUAAUAAUGGUGGGUCAGCUUUUCAAUAUUUACAUUGGUUUACCAUGGUGACUCACCUAUAACUAAGUACAGUACAUCCACACAACAUUUUUAUCACAUGUCAAUUCAUUUAGUAGUACUGGGCAAUGCAGUGAUGCAAAACAGAAAUUCAGGCUAUCUACAGUAUUUCCAUGAUGUUUCAGUUUGAAGGGACACAGAACAAAGUUUAGUAUCUGUGGAUACUAAACUUUUGUCCCCCCCCCCCUCCCCCAUGCAAGUGUUGCUUAUUUAAUAAGUACCUUCUCUAUAAGCUCUUUUAAGCCUUCUACUUUUCUUUUUUUCAAAAUGAAUAAAUCUGCAUUCACACCACAGAUCCUGAAAAGGAUGAGAUGCCUACGAUUUGAACCUAUUGUGGCCUAUUGUAUGUUGAAAAGUAGUGGCCUCUCUGAAAUCUGUAGCCUCUCGUGUUCUUGCUGUAAAACGAGAGCUAAGUCGUACUGUAAUGUCAUUUAAAAAUAAAGCAUUAUGUGAAAUUGAACGGGGCAAAGAAAAAUAUUCCAUAUAUACAAUGGUAACAUACUUUAUUACCCAAAAGUUAUUUGUCCCCUGUAAAUAGCUAACCGCGUCAUGAGCAACCCCCAAAAAAAAAACAGUGCAUAAAACCAAAAGUGGGAGGGGGACUUUCAAUAAUUAUUUCACUGGCAUAGGUGAAUGUUUGAAAGUUGUAUUUACCCAAAAGACUCAAUCUCCAAAGAAUUUUGUAACCGUUCUAAAUUGUGAUCGUAUUCUGUAAUUAAAUAACCGCCUGAUAACUUAUAUCCAUGAGAAGUGCGACGUUUGAAACAUUCCUUAUUUGAGGUAAAGUCAAAUUGGUGUGAUCACAUUAGCACAAUUAGCGCAAAACCGAUACAAGCUGAGAUUUGCAAGAGUAUAUAAAUUGCACAAAUAGCUGGUCAAGAUUAAUCUCUGGAGAAAUGCAAGCAGUGUCAAGAGAAGUGUGCUACCUCGCUGUACUUGACGGCAUAUAGGGUAACUUAAGAAACUUGCAGCAACACUGGAAUUAGAUGGAUACAAAAUGUAUAAGGCCCAGUUUAGACGGAGAACUUUUCAUGCGCCGAAUCUAAUUGCCGUAGGUACGGCAAAAUAUUGGAAACUGAUUUAGACGUCGAACUUAAUUGUGCCGUACCGAAUUGCGAGGACACUAUAUUGGACAUAUUUAAAAUGCAAAUAUAUGAUAAUCAUAUUAUAAUGUUAAAAAAUAUAUAAGUAUGCAUUAGGUUCGGCGCAUGAAAAGCACGGCGUCUAAAUCAAUGUCGAACCUGUGUCGCAUAUACGACUUGUCUUGUCGCAUCUUCGAGUCGUGUCGAACUUUAAUCAAAACCUGCCGAACUUAAUUGAUUUAGACGCCGCUCCAGCGUCGCACUUAAUCCUUGCAUUAGAUUCGGCGCAUGAAAAGUUCGCCGUCUAAACCGGGCCUAAGACGUAUUUUUAUAGCAAUAAAUACAUAGACAGUUAAAGCAAAUUUACUUUGUAAUUCUUCUAGCUAUGUCUUUUAUUGAACGAUUUCGCAUUGUAUAUCUCGGUAGUAAAUGUGAAAAAUAUCCCUUCCAUCAUCGCUUCACGGCUUUUUACAUCAAACGAUUUUUCCAUAUUUUUUUAAAUGAAGCUCAUUCCACUCCAAACUGUUUGAGAUCACUGAUGACGAUAACCCGUCCAAAAUAACCACAAAUGAUGCCUGGGAUAACCUUUACCCUGAGUGUAAAUAACUGGGCGGAAUUAGUAGCUUCGACUUGGACAAUAUAACGAAUCAUUUAACAUUUGCCAUGUAUUACAUAGGUGAUGUAUUUAUCGAAGAAAUAUCUAAUUCCAUCAUUGUCGAAGAGAUGUCGUGAUGUUCUUCAACACACAUUAUUUGAAACCCAUAUUAAUGUCGUUGCUGUCCUAACAAUUCUUGAACAAGCGGUUGACGAAAAUGAUCUGAGAUUAAAAUGCUGGGAUUUGGUGGAUAACGAAACAAAGAUAUUUGCUAGUUCGGAAGCAUUUAACGAAAUUUCACUUGAAACUUUAAAUGAGUUGUUAAGCCGAGAAACUUUGACAGGGGAUGAGCUGGAAAUGCUCCAAGUUGUUUUCAGGUGGAGUGGAAAGCAGUGCUUAAAGAACGGUUUAGAUCAAACUGGUGAAAAUAGAAGAGGAAUGCUUGGAGAUGCUAUCUACAAUAUUCGUUUUCUUGCCAUGUCAAGAGAAGAUUUUUUCCAACAUGUUUCAACAUCGGGGUUGCUAACGACAGAAGAAUGUGCUGGUAUUUUACAAAGGUUUGAUGGAACUCAUGGACCUAAUUUAAAAUGGACAACGCAUGCUCCGAGACAACGGGCAGGUUUGCUAAGUUUUACAAGGUUUGAUUUUCGUGAUUCAGAAGAAGAGACCUUGUGGGGUCAUGGCCAAGAAGUCGAUAUAAUCGUUUUCACCGUCAACAAACCUGUGCGAUUUCAUGGUGUGCAGCUCUUUGGUGACGCUAAUGGUAGUGAUUAUGAUGUCGUGUUCAAUAUGGAUGGCGCGGAAAAUUUUCAAGGCAGGUUUCGUUCACAUUUGAGGGAAGAUGGAAUAUCAACGUUCAAUGUCUUCCUACCAGAGCCAGUUCAUAUUGAGGCUAAUAAGAAAAUAAGAAUUUGGGCUGAAAUACGCGGUCCUGAGUCUCUGCUUAGUAUGGGUGGGAAGAAUUCGGUGCAAUGCAAUGAUAUUGUUAUGAGGUUUUUUGACCUUGAUGCUGACGAUGCUUUGUGGAAGAUAUACAGCAUAUUUCCUAUAGGGAUGACAUUUUGGGGUCCGUUUUACAAAAUACUUGUGACUCCUGCAUAAAAUGGAACAUUGAUGGUUUAAUGUGGCUUCCUAUAUUUUUUUAAAAAAGAUGGAAAAUGCAUAAAUUAGAUCAACUCAUUGAAGAGAUGCAUGUUGCUUGCUACAAAACAAAUUGUGCACCGUAUAUAGAGGAACGAUCAAACAUGACAUCACCACUGUUACUAUGGUGACAAUGACGAUUCAAUAUGGCCGAUAUUUUUUUUCUUUUAACGCACUUUACUUUAGUAGAAAAGCCAGCCUGGUCACCCGCAUUUGACCACAUAUAAGAAAGUAUAAAAUCCGGCUUUUCACCUGAUUGGUCUAUCAGACAAAGUAUUUUUUUAUACAGUAUGGACAAAUGUAUCUUUUUGAUUGGUUUAUUAACAGUUAUUGACUGGGACAUUCGGAAAACAGUAUGUUUUGUGGACCCGAGAGUGUCCGAUGUUUCCCGAGGCGAAUAAGCUCCACCAAACAUCAGUGCUGUUUCUCGAAUGUCCCAGGCAAUAAGUAUUUCAUUAUAUACCAAGUGUCACAUAAAAUGAAAUUUCCAAAUUUUUGCUCGAUAGCUCGACGAUUUUAUUACUCACCGGUGAACAAAAGUAAUGUCUACCGCUCAGAGCUGUUGCCAGGAGACAGUCGUGUUUCGUAACUUUCACGUGAUACGCUCUUGUCCAAUGAGAUGCAAGAAAACAUGAACUUUGACCCACAUUUAAUAAUGCUAAUUAGAUAAUGCUAUUGUUCAUGUCAUAUUUAGUAGUUGGAAGUAUAAUAAACUUUACUUUCAAAAUUGCUUAAAAACAAUUGCUGACAUAUUAUGGCGUAGGCUAUGACGUAAACAACAGUGUAUGAUGUCAAGAUUCUGCAGGCCCUGUGAAAGUUGUGACCUUCCCAUGAGGAAUGAGGGGCUGUGGAAGAGGCUGGUAACAGACGGCGUUAAACAACAAUAAGCUGACUGACCUGACUGAGUGAAAUUGAUUUUUGUUCAGCUGAUUUUUGUUCAGCUGACUGGUUUGUCGUCCUGUUUUAGACGUUGCGCCUUUAUUGUAGACGAUAUUAACCUUUGAAGCAAUAUAAGGACCUUAAUCGAGCGACGUUUUUCACCAGAGGUCAAUCGAACCGGUAUAUACAUGUAGAUGGCAAAUGAUGGCGUCAGCAAUUCUUGCUUGAAAUCAACAACGG